AUGAUCGCUCCUCGUAUCAUUCUCUUGAAAGAAGGAACUGACACUUCCCAAGGUGUUCCGCAAAUCGUGAGCAAUAUUAAUGCAUGCCAAGCAAUUGCUGAUGCUGUGCGCACCACAUUAGGUCCUCGUGGAAUGGAUAAAUUAAUAUUGGAUAAUAAUAAUAAUGCGACGAUAUCUAAUGAUGGAGCCACCAUUUUAAAGUUACUUGAUGUUGUUCAUCCUGCUGCCAAGUCUUUGGUUGACAUUUCAAGAUCCCAAGAUGCCGAAGUUGGCGAUGGAACAACAAGCGUUACUUUGCUUGCAGCGGAGUUACUUCGUCAAGUGAAGCCCUAUAUCGAGGAGGGCGUGCAUCCAGCUGUGAUUAUUCGCGCUUUCCGUGAAGGCGUAAAAAUCGCUCUGGAAAAGCUCAACUCGCUCGCAUGUCGAGUUGAAAAAAAUGCUCCUGAAGAACAGAGACAACUCUUAGAGAAGUGUGCGGCUACUGCACUUAGCUCUAAACUCGUCGCUGGUCAAAAGGAGUUCUUUUCUAAACUUGUCGUCGAUGCAGUUAAGAGUCUUGACGUUAAUCUCCCUAUCAAUAUGAUCGGAAUUAAGAAGGUUGCUGGUGGUGCUCUUGAAGAAUCUAUUCUUGUUGAUGGUGUUGCGUUUAAAAAGAGUUUCAGUUACGCUGGCUUUGAAAUGCAGCCUAAGUCUUAUGAUAAUCCUCUCAUCGCUCUUUUGAACAUUGAAUUGGAAUUAAAAGCUGAGAAGGAAAAUGCAGAAAUUAGACUUAAUACAGUUGAGGAAUAUCAAAAGGUUGUUGAUGCCGAAUGGAAUGUCCUAUAUGAAAAGCUUUCAAUCUUACACAAAGCUGGUGUUAAAAUUGUCCUUUCACGUCUACCUAUUGGUGAUGUUGCCACUCAAUUUUUCGCUGAUCGUGACAUGUUCUGUGCUGGUCGUGUACCUCUUGAAGACCUCAAGCGUACCCAGAGUGCCUGUGGUGGAAGUAUUCAGACCACUGUUCAGGGGCUAAAGCCUUCUAUGCUGGGGAAGUGCGGCAAAUUUGAAGAGAUUCAGAUUGGUUCUGAACGAUUCAACAUUUUCAAAGGUUGUACUCAAGCCAAAGCCUGCACUAUCAUACUGCGUGGUGGAGCCGAACAAUUUAUGGAGGAGACCGAACGUUCACUUCAUGAUGCCAUCAUGAUUGUUCGUCGAGCCAUUAAAAAUGAUGCUUUUGUUGCCGGCGGUGGUGCUAUUGAUAUGGAAUUAAGCAAGCAUCUCCGUGAGCAUGCUCGUACUAUUCCUGGUAAGGAUCAACUGUUUAUUUCAGCAAUGGCUCGUGCGUUGGAAAUUAUCCCUAGGCAGCUAUGUGAGAAUGCUGGUUUCGAUCCCACAAAUAUCUUGAAUAAGCUUCGUCAAGCUCAUGCCAAAGGUAAAGUAUGGGCCGGUGUCGACAUAUCCACCGAAGAUAUCGCAGACAAUUUUGAGAAAUUCGUGUGGGAGCCUGCACUAGUUAAGAGUAAUGCUAUUACAGCUGCCACAGAGGCUGCCUGUCUGAUUUUAAGUGUUGAUGAAACAAUCAAGAAUCCGGAGUCCAAGAACCCAGUUGAUGAGACACCAGUGGCUGGUGGCAGAGGAAUGCCAAGUCACGGACAACAAAGAAUGAUGUAA